GGCUUCGAUCGCCUCUCGCGUCUCGAGAUCUCCGUUGCCAGUACCUCUGCUGCUGCUGCCAGCGCCACUGCCUCCACCACCGCCACCGCUACCCCAACUACAGCUUCCACCUCGGCGGAUCACCCGAUGACUGAUUCAACGUCCUCUUCCGCCGUGAUUACCGCAGAGCAGGGUCGUCUUGACACCGAUCUGCGAUCAGCCUCUCUGGCCAGCGUCAAUCGGUUGGAUCCAACAGCCUCCUAUGCUGCUAUAGCAGCAGCAGAUGGUGAGGACAGAAGCGUCCGCUCGGAGUGUCUGUACGCCUCACCAAUACACUUGAGGAAAGGUACGUUCAAGCAUAUUUGCAUUUAUCUGUUAUAA